AAAUAACACAUUAAUUCACCAUCUCAAACAACUCUUCUAGUUAAUCUCCUCCAAAAACCCUAAUUUGUUUGACAAAUGGCUUCCAAAAACACACCAAUUGCACUAUUCCUUGUCCUGAACAUUCUUUUCUUCACUCUUUCCAAUGCGUGUGGAACAUGCCCUGGUCCAAACCCUAAGCCAAAGCCGAAGCCGAAGCCGGUUCCAAGCCCUAGCAAGGGUAGUUGCCCAAGAGAUGCCCUAAAACUAGGCGUGUGUGCUAACUUGCUCGGCGGAUUGCUUGGUGUAACCAUCGGCACUCCUCCAAAACAGCCGUGCUGCAGCCUCAUCGAGGGUUUGGCUGAUUUGGAGGCGGCCGUGUGCCUUUGCACUGCAAUCAAAGCCAAUGUUCUUGGGAUCAACCUAAAUGUGCCUGUUUCCCUAAGCUUGCUCCUCAAUGUUUGCUCCAAGAAAGUUCCAAAGGGUUUCGUUUGCGCCUGAGGGGGCGGCCACCCCUUCCCGCCCCCCUAAAUUCCACCCUCUAGUGUUAUUUGAUGGAAUCAUGCUUUUUCCUUAUAUUUUCACAAGUUAAUAAGCUUUGGCUGGUUUCCUUUUCUUAUGUUUUUUGGAUAAUUAUUGCAUUGGUGUAAAAAUCAUGACAUCUACGUGUGUGACAGUGUGAGCCUGGGAUGUUAUGUAAUAGUUUGUCGAAAUAUUAUUUUACAUUUGCAGCAAUUUAUGAUGUGACCAAUUCCAACGUUA